AUGACCUUACUGAAUAAUUUCUCCACCCUAGCGGGAUUGGUAUUUUGCCUAGGCUGUAUAUCCGUCUUCUACCAAUUGCUAUUGUCGCCACUGCGCAACGUCCCGGGACCGCGUCUGGCUGCUAUCUCAAGCAUCUGGCUAUGGUUUCAGGAUAUGGCUGGAAACUCACCGCAGAUGAUUUCUAAGUUGCACAAGAGACACGGCCCAAUCGUCCGUAUCGGCCCUAACGAGGUCAGCAUUGACGAUAUUGAGAUUCACAAUCGCGUCCUUUAUUGCCAGGCUCCAAAGUAUAUGAAGGCCGCUUACUUCUACGACCCAUUUAAGACUGGACCAUCAGGGAUCUUCCAGAGUUCAGAGCCCAAAGAACACUCCACCUUACGGCGUUUGGUUAGCAAGCCGUUUUCCAGAAAAAGUAUUCUACAGUUCGAGCCAGAAAUCUGGAAAUCUGUCGAUAUGCUCUCAGACGUGUUGUGCCAGCAUGACAAGGAUAACAACUGCUUCGACCUCUCAAAGAUGUCUCGCUGUCUUUCACUCGACUUUAUCACAAACUUCACCUACGGGGAGUCUAUGCAGGCAGUUCUGUCUCCUAGGUUCCAUGACGAUGUCCUAGAUGCGUUCGAUUCUUUUGCUGUUAGCAAUUUCUUAUUUAUGAUGAUACCUUCUCUUCGUCAACCCUCUAUUGCUCUAUUGUCAAUAUUACCUUUUAAGGUGUUUCAGGCUAUCCCGCGCAUGAGACUGCGCGUCCAAAAAGCACUUGAAAGGUAUGAUACUACGGGGAAGAUUAACCACGACACGGGAUUCCAGCCCCUCCUGCAAGCCGAACACGCCGCCUCCAUUACGCAGAAUUACCCCCUUAGCAAAGACUUUCUGAUCGCCGAUGGUCUAGCGGAUAUCUUUGCCGGGACAGACACUACCUCGACAACGCUCACUCUGACACUCAACGAGAUUUUUUCCAAUUCUAUGGUAUACGGCCGUCUCCAUGCGGAGCUGAAGAGAGCCAUCCCAAAUCUUAGUGACACUGCAGAGCUAUCCAACCUCGAGUCCCUACCGUACCUCGCCGCUUGUGUCAAGGAAGGCCUCCGUUUCAGCACUCCCGUCAGGUCCCGCCUCCCCCGCGUAACUCCCGAAUCCGGUCUUACUUACGGCAAACACUUAAUCCCGUCCGGCACCUUCAUUUCGUCAAGUCCCUAUCUAAUGAACUACAAUCAGGUGGUUUUCCCCGACCCGUAUACGUACAAGCCGGAGCGAUGGCUUCUAGACGAUCCAGAGGCCGUCAAGCAGUUAGAUAACUGCUGGGCUCCGUUUUCGAAAGGUUCACGAGGGUGCAUCGGAAUCAAUCUUGCCAUGGCUGAGAUUUAUAUAACUAUUGCGGCGAUUGUGAGGCGGUUUGAGCUGGUGGAAAAGAACUUUGAGGAACUGAAGAUCAGAGAGAUUUUUGGGGUUAUUUUUGAUGAGCCCCUAGCUAUGAAGUUGAAAAGCGUCCAGGAGUGA